CAAGGUACUUGAUUCAUGAUUUGUUGCCAAUGUUAAAGUGCUUACGUGAGUUGCGCUUGUGUUAUUCUGGUAUAGAUGAACUACCAGAUAUCAUUGGAGAUCUAAAGCAUCUACGGUACCUUGAUUUAUCCCAUUCUCGAAUUAGGAAGUUACCUGAGUCGGUGGUAACUCUCUACAAUUUACAAGUCUUGUUUUUGAAAUUUUGUGUUGAACUUGUGAAGUUGCCUCUAAACAUGGGGAGGCUAGUGAACUUGCGCCAUUUUGACAUGACUGGCGUGCAUAUUCCAUCAUUUGAAGAGAUGUCACUACAUAUAGGUAAAUUAACUAAUCUCCAAACAUUAUCAAAUUUUAUGGUGGGUAAAGAUUGUGGACGUAAAAUAGGAGAGUUGAAAAACCUAUCACACAUUCAAGGGGCAAUACACAUAUCAAGAAUGGAGAAUGUCAGUGGUGUUAAGGAUGCUGUGGAUGCCAAUUUAAUGUCUAAGGAGGAGUUAAAAGAGUUAUCACUAGAAUGGGAUAAAUCUCGUAGUUCACAUAAUGACAUAGUUGAGAGGGAGGUGCUUGGCGAGAUGAGACCUUUCAAAUUAUUGGAACGACUCACCAUCAGUGGGUAUAGCAGUACAAAAUUUCCAAACUGGGUUGGAAAUGUUUCAUUCUCUAAAAUGGUGUUCAUGCGAUUAAAAGGUAGUAAAUAUUGCACGUCUUUGCCACCGCUUGGACAACUACCCCUGCUUAAAGACCUUUACAUUGAAGGAAUGAGUGCAAUAAAGCGCCUAGGUUGUGAGUUCUAUGGGCAGCAGUGUGGUGCCAAACCUUUCCUCUCUCUAGAGAGAUUGAGAUUUGAGUUUAUGACAGGAUGGGAGGAUUGGUCUGCUUUUGAAACAGAGGGAGUUCAGCCAUUCAGUCAUCUCAGUGAGCUUUCCAUCAUAAAUUGUCCCAAACUUGUUGGAAAAUUACCAAAUGAUCUUCCUUGUCUCAAUUCCCUCAAAAUUGAUGGUUGUCCGCAGUUGUUUAUUGAUGUUUCAAGCCUCGUUCAGCCAUCACUUGUGUCUUUGUCAAUGAAGAAUGUUAUGCUCCCAAGCCUUCCAGCACUCUUAGGGACGAAGAACACGAUUGAACUUGGUUCCCCCACCUUGGAAUUUAGCCAUGUUACAGUUCUUGACUCCCUCUGCAAUCCAAGCACAACUGAGGAAGAGUUACUGGCUAAUGAUAUGUCUAAGCAUUUGACUUCAAUAACUGCUUUGAGCAUUUCUGAUGUUGAAAAACUGGCGUUCCUACCGACAUGGUUUACUCGAGAUUUGACAGGACUCGAGAAAUUGGACAUCCUUAACUGCCGAGAACUCAUAACAUUGUGGCGGAAUAAGGUGAGAAUACAAGUAUGUCUCCCUUCCCUCUGCCAUUUGAAGAUUUCUGAUUGCCCCAAACUCGUUUGCUUGUUUGAAGAAGAGCAAGAAAAAGGAGGAGAAGGUUCAAAAAAGCAGCAACAUGAGGGGCUGCCUUGCAUGACGAGACUCGAGUAUUUAACAAUUGAAGAGUGUGGAAUGCUGAAGAAACUGCCACAAGAUCUGCACACAUACACAUCUCUUGGGGUGCUUAUAAUCGUAGGUUGUGCAAAUCUCAUCUCUUUUCCAAUGAAGGGUUUGCCAUCUAUGCUGAGAGAACUUCGGGUUGCAAGGUGUGAUGCUUUGGAGUCCCUACCGGAGUUGAUGACACUCAAUAAUCUGCAAGAGUUGAACGUUGCUAGCUGUGCAUCACUCACAUAUUUAUUGUCAAGAGGUGGGCUACCAUCCACACUAAAACAACUUACGAUUAGGUGGUGUAAAAAUGUGGAGUCACUUUUUGCAGAGGAAGGGAUCAAAAUUGAUUGUCCAUCCCUUGAAACUAUUUGGAUCGUAGAUUGUGGGAGUCUCAAAUCUUUACCUGAAGCCAAUAAUCUCAGGAAUCUCAGUAUAAUAGGUUGUCCGAAUCUGGAGCCCCCGUCACUUGGUGGUCGUGAUGAGAACAACAACAUCAACCAACUCACUUCGCUUCAAGAUCUGUUGAUUGCAGAGCAGGAAUGGUCUCCUACUUUGUCAAGGAAGGGAGUUUCCCCACCAACAUCACUUCACUUGAAAUCGGGAAAUUGAGAGUGGACGACGUCGGUCAACUUCCACUUCCGCCUCCAUCUCCAUUAGAGUGGGGUUUGCACAAACUCUCUUCUCUUACAACACUCGAACUUGAAGGCCCAGAUUGGCCGUGGGGAGAUACGGUGUCCUUUCCAGAAAAAGGGAUGUUCCUGCCCACCUCUCUCAUCAAAUUGACCAUCAGAGGCUUCCCAAAUCUGGGAAGACUCUCUUAUGAGAAGUUUCAAAACCUCGCCUCUCUCCAAUCACUUGAAAUCUGGUAUUGCCCUAUGUUCGCGUCCUUUCCAAAGGAAGGGUUGCCUCCCUCUCUUUUGCAUCUAUUGAUCAGGGAUUGCCCUAAGCUUGCGACCUUUCCAGAACAAGGAUUCCCUCCCUCGCUUUUGUCACUGGUGAUCUGGCCAUGUAAUCUAAUACUGGAACAGAAGUGUAAAAAGGGGAAAGAAUAUUGGCGCAUCAUCCAAUACAUUCCUCACGUAAAUAUAAGUUAGCUUUUGAGGUUGCUUGAGACUCUCCACAACAAUAUUGAGGUUUGUUAUCUAAACCAAAAAAAAAAAAGGUAGUGCAGGCUGAAAUAUCCAUGCACAUGUGAGAGUUCCCUCGUCAUCAAAGGCAAUAGAUUCUAUGAGCAAUCUGUAAGAAAGGAUUUGAAGUGAUUUGAAUGUAUGGUGUGUGAUGAUUUGGAAAGUUAGACGAAUUCCAUGCUGAUGCUAAAGUUUGCUCCCUUAUUGAUAAAAGCACUGAUGUCUGGAAUGCAAUGAAGCUCUCGUCACAUAGUGCUUUUUGGAUUUUGAAGCUGAGUUGACAUGUAAAAUCCCUUUUUCCCCAUGGCUUGCUAAUGACAAACUGGUUUGGCACUUUACUAAAAAUGGCCACCUUUUUUCUGUUAAUCGGCAUAUCAUUUGGAGAUGGAUUUGCAAAGAAGAGAAACAUGGGUCAGUUCUUCAGAUGGGGUGAGUUUUGAAAGGGCAUUUUGGAAAAAGAUUUGGCUGCUGAAAGUUCUGAAUAAAGUGAAAUCUUUGAAUGAAAAUCUGCUUGAAUAUCCUACCUGUUUAGUGAAACUUGAAUAGUUUGAUGGGUUACUCAGACACCAUCGGUUACUAUGUGGAGUCGUCUCUAAACAAGAUACAUCUCCACUACUUAGUGGUGGACAUUGUUCACAUUGACGACUACGAUUGGGGUGGCGCUGCUCUAGUCACCCUCUAUAGAAACCCUAGUGUUGUCAUGUGCAACUGAGAGAUGACCAUUGAAGGUCAUUAGAAAUGAUGAAAGAUAUAGAGCUUUGAGUAUUUCAGGGGCGAAUGCCCCUGACACUCAAGAGAUGGACUAGCACGUUGUCCUUUGGUCCCGACAAUACUUCUGUUAGCAUUGCCGCCAGGCCCCAGGGUUGUCGAGCUUUUACAAGUUUAGAUAAUAUUUCAACAUAGUGACCCUCGAUCAGACAAUGAGGUGUGGCAUCGAAUAUUGUGAUGUGCUUCAUCGCGGUGCUCGACAUCACUCUGGUGAGUUGGAGAGGAUUUUGCUAGAGGGCCUUCUAUUGAGUUUGGUAUUUCAACAAGCGGGGAUGUUGCUAGUCUAUGGGGAUGGCCGCCCCCAGACUGCCUGCCGUGGUACCAGAUUGCAUGCGGACUACUAACACCUUCACUCCAAAGGACAUCAUACCAGCCAUAGAGGGCACCAAUGUAGAGAUCUUCUAUGGUGUGGCAUCUAAUUCCUUCAUGACCACAACUUCCUGACUAAGUGAAGGCAGAGAAGCAUAUAUGGCGCAUGCACCUUGUGUGAGAUAAGAGUAUGUUUGUGUGUGACUGCUACCCUUUUUUUAUGAAAAAUGCUAAGAACCCACCCUUACGGACCCCCGAAUUUACCUCAAAUGUGUUUGUGUAGUAGAGAUUGAAUUGAUAAAGUGUGUGAUCUACAUAUGAAAUGAAUAUAAACCAUUGAUUUCUUUUUCUAGUAAUUCUAGGUAGAUAAGGGUAAGUUUAUAGUAUUGUUGCUUUUUUAUAGGAGGCAAAGUUA